CACCAAUAACAACAAAAGGAAGUAAUAAGUAGGAUCACAAUUCAGAUGAGCAGUUUCGUUCUUAUCAGGGAGAUGGCAUGUUAAACCUUCCCCCAAAAUUUGAAUUUGAAUUUACUAUUAGUAGUUCAUAAUUAAUCCAACAUUGUUAGGUAAACCUAACACUGUGGAUUCCGCCUGUGUGGAGUUUUUAAUGUUAUCUCCUUGCUUGGGUGGGUUUUCUCUGGGCACUCCAGUUUCCUCCCACAUUCCAAAAACAUGUAUGAUAGGUUAACUGACGCCUCUAAAUUGCCCAUAGGUGUGAAUGUGAGUGCAAAAGGUUGUUCGUUUUUCUGUAUGUGCCCUGCAAUAGGCUGGUGACCAGUUCAGGGUGUGCCCUGCGUUUUGGCCGAAGAUAGGUGGGACAGACUCCAGGACACCUGCGACCUUUGUGAGGAUAAGCGGAAGGGAAGAUGAAUGAAUGAACAUUUUAACCUGGACAAAAUCCACCAAUUUCUUUUGAAAUUGUCCUCAUUUUUGUUGUCCCGUGUGAGCCGGGACCUAUCCCGUCUAAUUUUGGGCAAGAGGUGAGGUACACCCUGGACUGGUCGCUGGACAAUCGCAUUUGGAAUUUACGGGCAAUGUGGAAUAGGCUCCAGUGACCCUAACCAGGAUAACCGGUGUUGAGAAUGAUUGCUUGGACAGACAAUUUGGAGUGUUCAGUUAGCAAUUAGUACAUGUAAACAUACAGGAUGAGAUUUGAACCAAGAACCCAUCUACUGUGAGCCAGAGGUGCUAACUACUGGGCAACUCACAUGAAUAAAAGAAGAACAAAUCUUCCAUAAUUUGGAUAUAUGAUGACACACAUGGACAGCCGAACAGGGGGAAAAAAGGGAUGAUGAUACACUUGGUUAGAUUUAACAUUUCAUGAUGGAUCCACUCUCUUGGUUGACUUGAAUUGAGGUGUGGCUAUAGUGCAGAGCCAUGGCCCGAGAAUCAGUCCAGAUGGCCAGCCGCUUCACCACAGCGUCGGCCAGGAAGUUUGGACAGCAUCCCUGAUUUAGCGUUCAUUGGAUUUAGCAAGGGUGGAGGAAGUGGGAGUGUCAGGGAUUGCACAAUGUUUGAGUGGAGGAAUGUGUCUGGCCCUUGAGACCAAUAUCUAUUUCAACUGCAAAUCCUGAAAAGCGAUGCGCUGAAAUGGAAAAAUACCAAAUAUCAUAGCAAGAAAAGCUAGCUACGCUAUCUUGAUUUUAAUAGCUUUUGUAAUUAAACUAAGAUGACUCGUGGUUAGGCCAAAAACCAAGGCAUAAAAAUAAAUCAAUAAUUGGAAGCAAAAAUGAGGAAUCUUAUUUUUUCCUCAAACUUUGACCCCUGUUAAUCUUGCUUUGUGGGACCGGGGUCGUGCAAAUAUUGCUGGAGGAGUGACACGGUGUCCGAUGUGAUCGGACACGAGUUUUUGUGUUUAUUCAGACAAAGGUCAGUGCACUUUGAACAUGGCCGAGCUGUGCAUACUUGAGCUACUGUAGUGGAAAACAAAAAUGGCCAUGGAGUAAACUAUUGGGGGUCCGACAAUGGCUUACUCGCACUGCUCAAAAAAAAAAAAAAAAAAAUUAAAUUACCAUCUUCUAGCAUUAUUUGAUUCAUUUCAUUAAAUAAAAGAGGGUUUUCAUUAAUAAUAAUCCUUUUAUUAUUGUUACCUAAUAUUUUCAAGCACACUUUAUAGCCCUAUUGUUAUUAUGAUUAUUGGUAGUAAUAGCUUUUCAUUAUCUAUAAUUGUUUUCCAUUUUAAAAGACAUUGUGUUGUAUUUGAAUACAUUUAGCACGAGAGAGAGAGAGAGAGAGAGAGAGAGAGAGAGAGAGAGAGAGAGAGAGAAGAGAAAGAGAAAGAGAGAGUUGUAAUGGUGUGGGUGAACCACUGGGCGAGACUGUGUCUCUGUGUUGGCCGCGAAAGAGGAGGGGAGGUGCAGCCUGGCGUCGGGAGGACCGCCGCCAUUAUUGGGAAGCUGACAAAAAAAAAAAAAAACAAGACUAAUCCACACAUCGUCACACGUUUUUUUCCCCCUCUACCAGGCCAGCGAAAAAGACCGGAAUCCAACCUUUUUUUUUUUCAAGCUCCGUUCGUAUCAUUCAAGACGGCUCGCCCCUUUUCCCCUCUCCUGGCGAAUCUUUUAUUUUGGACACAACAAAGGAAAUAAUAAUUGCUCCAAACAACGUGGUGGCGAAGCAAGAGAGGAAAAGACUCCGGGAGGACGUUUUUUUUUUUUUUUUUUAAAAAACUAGCAAACCCUCCAUUUUUCUUCAUUCCUCGUUAACAGGGGUGUUGAAGACGACUUUGUGCGGCAUUUUUGUUUCCCCCCCUAGACUAGCAUUUGUCGGUUCGCCCUCCGGUACAUGCAUACACGCUCGCACGCACGCAGAAAUGCUGUGAAAACUUCAGACGUGAGCCUACAAAGUGACAAACUGCAAGUAGGCAAAGGAGUGGACCGAAUCCGAAGAGGAAGGAAUGAUAUGGGUCAGAUCUGAGUAUCGUGAAAUCCUUUUGCAUGGGAUCCCUGUGCCCUUGGCAUCCUCUGUCUCACACUAUAGCUUGAGGCAAGGAUGACAAGAUGAGCUUCUGCCAGCGAUGAUGAUGGCCAAAAAGCAAGAUGUCCGGGCACCUACCUACAACCUGGUUGUGGUUGGGCUGUCUGGUACAGAGAAAGAUAAGGGCCAAUGUGGAGUGGGAAAGUCCUGCCUGUGCAACCGAUUUGUCCGGCCAAGUGCCGAUGACUUCUACCAGGACCACACCUCAGUUCUCAGCACCAGUGACUUUGGAGGCCGUGUAGUGAACAAUGACCACUUCCUCUUCUGGGGAGAGGCUGUGAGGACUGUGGAGGAGGGGCCAGAGUGGCGUAUGAAUGUGGUGGAACAAACAGAAUUCAUUGAUGAUCAGACUUUCCAGCCACACCGAAGCACAGCACUGCAGCCAUAUAUCAAGAGGGCUGCUUCCACCAAGUUGGCUUCAGCUGAGAAGCUGAUGUACUUUUGCACAGACCAGUUGGGGCUAGAGCAAGACUUUGAACAGAAACAGAUGCCUGAGGGCAAGCUUAUGGUAGAUGGAUACUUACUCUGUGUGGAUGUUAGCAGGGGUAUGAACCGCAGCUUUGAGGAUCAGAUGAAAUUUGUUACCAAUCUGUACAACCAACUAGCCAAAACUAAGAAACCUGUGGUACUGGUUCUCACCAAAUAUGAUGAAGGAGUUGACCGCAAUAUUAAGGACUCACACACCUUUGCACUCGCAAAGAAAAACCUACAGGUGGUCGAAACAUCAGCGCGAUCAAAUGUCAAUGUUGACUUAGCCUUUCUGACACUUGUUCAAUUAAUUGACAAAGGCAGAGGAAAGCCCAAGAUAAUUCCUUACUUUGAAGCACUGAAACAGCAGAGUCAACAGAUUGCCUCUGCCAAGGACCGAUAUGAGUGGCUCGUAAACAAAAUUGUGAAAAAACAUAAUGAGUUAUGGCCCGUUACCAGCUCCCGCAUGCAGACAUCUCCAGAGUACAAGGACUAUGUCUUCCUUGAGGGGACAGCUAAAGCAAAGAAACUCUUUCAACAACAUGUGCAUAGACUAAAGCAAGAUCAUAUAGAGAAACGCAGGAAGUCGUAUCUCAGUACUCUGCCACAGGCCUUGUCUAAACUUUUACCACAACUGGAUGAGAUAGACCACUUGAGCUGGUCUGGUGUUCAGAAAGUACUGGAGACCAAGAGAGAUUUUUCCCAUUGGUUUGUUGUAUUAGAUGACACACCAUGGGAGACCACACCCCACAUUGACAACAUGGAAGAUGAUCGCAUACCCCAGGACCUCCUCGAAACACAGACAGCUGAGGCCAUUUAUGAGACCCACCUGGAGCAGCUCAGGAAUGACCGCAAACGGGCUGAAAUUAGAUGGGAGUUCAAGGAAAAGCUUAGUGUCUCUCAAUUCAUUACUCCAGGCAAACCAUGGGAGGAGGCUCGGAGCUUCAUCAUGAAUGAAGACUUCUACCAGUGGCUUGAUGAAGCGGAAUAUCUGGAUAUCUACAAUAAACACCAGAAGGAGAUUAUUGACAGAGCCAAAGAGGACUUCCAAGAACUGCUUCUUGAGUACUCUGAACUUUUUUAUGAAUUGGAGGUGGAUGCAAAGCCAAGUAAAGAAAAAAUGGGAGCAAUUCAGGAACUACUGGGUGAGGAACAAAGGUUUAAAGCCUUGCAGAAGCUGCAGCCAGAGAGGGAUGCUUUGGUAUUGAAACAUAUCCACUUUGUGUACCAUCCUACAAAGGACACCUGUCCAAACAGCCCCCACUGCGUGGACUCUAAACUCGAGCAGAUCCUUGCUUCCAGAUUCCCCACUCGCUAUGCAUCACCAGACAGUUCAAGACUGGAUGGAGGCAGGGCAGAGAGGAUAAAUCUCGUCAUACUAGGCAAAGAUGGCCUUGCCAGAGAAAUGGCAAAUGAAAUAAGAGCAUUGUGUACCAGUGACGAUAGGUAUGUGUUAGAUGGAAAGAUUUAUGAAUUAGCUCUUCGUCCAAUAGAGGGCAAUGUACGGCUGCCAGUUAAUUCAUUCCACACACCAACCUUUGCACCCCAUGGUUGCCUUUGCUUGUACAACUCAAAGGAAUCACUGUCAUAUGUCGUAGAAAGUGUGGAAAAGCUUAAAGAGUCAACCAUAAGUAGAAGGGACCGAGAAAACAUUUUACCCCAAUUUCCACUUUUCCUCUUGCUCGUGACUAAGCGUGGGGUGGGUUCCAUAGGUGAUAUCGGAGGGGAAACAGCUCAGACUCUUAUCCAUCAAGGCCUGCAGGUUUCUGCAAAGCAACAGUUUUGUUACCUAGACCCAGCAUCUCCAGGCAUAGGCUAUGGGCGCAAUUUCAAUGAGAAGCAUCUCAACCAGAUGUUGAGAGGCCUCCUAGAGUCCCGGAGAACCCUAUGGAGCAGCUCUCCACCCUUACCCCCAUCAUUGUCUGCCUUCAGAGACUCUCAGUCCCAACCAAUUCUAGAAUCCGACCUCAAAAUCGUCAUGUGCCUCAUGUGUGGCGAUACCUAUGAUCUAGACCAGCUCCUGGCUCCUUUCUUGUUGCCCCAGCAUUGUCGCCCUGCUAUUAGCCUAAACAGUGGCACUUCUAUCCUACUGGAUCUGAGUAUAGGUGGUCAGAGGCAGACUAUCGAGUUGUCCUUGCUAUCUUUCCAUUCCUCAUUCUCCCUCCGCAAGACUAAGCUGGUCCAUGGCUACAUUGCAGUUUACUCUGCUCGACGGAAGGCCUCUUUGGAAACUUUGUGUGCUUUUCUGUGUGAGGUUCAAGACAUCAUUCCAGUCCAGUUGUUAGCAGUUGGGGAAAGCCAGAUGGAGCUUUCAGACUCAGAGUCAGCUAGGGAACAGGUCAGUCAGGGAGAGGAACUCGCUCAUGAAAUUGAGGCAAGGUUCAACACAAUAAUAUGUGGGCAUGGAGGAGUUGUAGGUGGGCUUCAUAAAAUAGAUCUUUUCCAAGAUUUUCUCAAGGAAAUAGUGGAGAAGCGAACUAUUAUUGAAGCUACGCACAUGUACGAUAAUGUGGCUGAAGCAUGCACCAAUGAGAGUACCAGCCCCCGUUGUGGCUCACCCAGUCCAGUCAACAUUCUUAUGGACUCAGAAGAUGAUCGUGACCCAUCACCACCUUACCCUACCCUGAGGGAAGAAGGAGGGAGUGGCUCCCAUCUAGUAACCUUCAAGCUGCCAGAUCUGGAUUCAAGUGAAAGAUUUUCUGUCAUUUCUGAGCUCAGCACUUUCGAGAGUAAGUUGAACAACAAGGUGCCUCCCCAGGUAAAACCUAAACCUGUGCGCAAGGUCAAUCUUGGCCCUUACAUGGACCAUCAGGUUGGGACUAACCGACGCUCCUUGCCCCAAGCUGUCACUUGGGCUCCGGGUAGUGAUGGUGGGUACGAUCCCUCUGACUACGCAGAGCCAAUGGAUGCUGUGAGCAAACCUCAACAUGGAGAAGAGGAGAGCAUUUACUCCGUCCCUCAUGACAGCACACAGGGCAAGAUAAUCACCAUCCGCAAUGCUAACAAAGGUCACUCCAAUGGUAGUGCUGGGGGCAAUGGGUCGGACAGUGAGGCUGAUGGCAACUCACUGGAGCGCAGAAGAAAGUUUUCAGCUAUUGGAAAAAAGCCCAAGCUGUACAGAGAUCGGUCAAAGCGACUUGGAAAGUUCAGCAGUUUUAGGACGAGCUUUUCACUCGGCAGCGAUGAUGAAAUAGGAGGUCCACCAAAGGCUAGCCAAGACGAUGGAGGUGCCCAAAAGGACAAUUCCAUUGAGGAGAAUGAGGAUCCAAAAAAGAGAAAUAUCCUGAAGAGCCUGCGUAGAAAUACAAAGAAACAGCGAGCCAAGCCGAGGCAUUCCAUCUCAAAACCUAUUGAGAGCAACUACUUCGGAAUGCCACUGGUUACCGUGGUAACUCCGGAGAGGCCCAUCCCAGUGUUCAUUGAGAAGUGUAUCCGAUUUAUUGAAACAACAGGCUUGAGCACCGAGGGUAUCUACAGGGUAAGCGGGAACAAAGCGGAGAUGGAGAUCAUGCAGCGUCAAUUUGACCAAGACCACAACUUGGACCUGGUGGAGAAAGACUUUACCAUAAACACAGUAGCCGGGGCCAUGAAGGCCUUCUUCUCCGAGCUUCCCGAGCCCCUGGUACCCUACAGCAUGCAGGGAGAGCUGGUGGAGGCUUUCAAGAUCAACGAUAGGGAGCAGCGCUUCCAGACGAUGAAGGACAUUCUCCGCCGCUUCCCCCGGGAGAAUUAUGAGGUCUUCAAAUAUGUUAUCAGUCACUUGAACAAGGUGAGUCAGAACAGCAAGCUGAACCUGAUGACCAGUGAGAACCUGUCCAUCUGCUUCUGGCCCACGCUGAUGCGCCCUGACUUCACCACAAUGGACGCACUGACUGCCACGCGCACCUACCAGACAAUCAUCGAGAGCUUCAUCCACCAGUGCGCGUACUUCUUCUACAAUCAACCACUAGCCGACGGCCUCCCGGGCUCGCCGACCUCCAUGCUCUCCUACGGCGUGGGCACCUCGGCGUACUCAUGCAUGGUCGGCAGCUACUCCUCGCCAGCGCCAUCCCCCCCGACCCCAUACGUCCUCCCGGCAACUCCUCCCGUCAUCCCGCACUAUGGCCCCCCCAUCCACCACCACCACCACCAAUCGCCACCCCGCUCCCCACCGCCGACCCCGCAGUUACCCAUCCCCGCCCUGCUCCCGCCCUCCCUCCACCCACAUCACCCACCUACGGAACAACACAUGCUGUGAACCAUCAAGGGGAAAGAAAAAAAAAAAAAGAGAUUGCGAGUGCUGCAGCAAGAGAUACUCACAAAGGAAUGGAAGGAGGACCCAAGGACAGGAAAUGGGAUAAGGACAUUGGGAGAUCUGCAGUAUGCACAGGGAGAUACUUUGGGAGAAAAGUACUUGAAUAGAGAGGCCCAGACUAGCCCCACCACCACCACCACACACACAAACACACGCACACACACCCAUUGUCACUUAAACUGAGGAACAACAUGAAGAUUGAGAUGUUUCGAGGACCGAAGAGGGACUCUGGGAGGGACUCCAUGGGGUCACACAGGAGAAAUGUCAGCUCAGAAAACACAAUUGACAUUAGCAGCCUCAAAGCAACUUUUUCUUUAUCUUUUUUUUUUUUUUUUUUUUUUUUUUAAAUCUCGCUGGAGGCCCCCGCCACACACACUUGCUGACUCAAAUCCUUGCCUCCGCACACAUACACACAAACAAAGACGGUUUCACUCGAGGGUUUUUUUGUCCAACACCCAAGACAGAGGGGAAAAAAAACAAGAACUCAACCAACCGGAUCUGCAAAUCAGAGCAAAGGAUCUUGGGUGCUCUCCCUUCCUUGGCAGUCAGUCUACUGUAUGUUCACGCUAUCUUUGUGUGACCGUGAUUAUGAAGUUACUGAUAGCAUUUUAAAAAGUCAACCCACAGCUCAAGUUUCCACCCUUUUCUUUUGCCAGUCAGUGCGCAAGUGUGUUUGUGCGCACGCAUGAGUUCUUUUUACCUGGUUGGCAGUGAGUUUUGUGUGUGUGUGUGUGUGUGUGUGUGUGUGUGUGUGUGUGUGUGUGUGUGUGUCAAGUAGGCAUUGCUGUCGUUUUCAUAGUAAGGACCUUGUUUGAAAAGCACUUUUCUGAGCACUUUCAAGCCACAUUUUUUUUUUUUAAAUUGGAGCUGUGACUUCACCCUUCACUCACUUAUGGCAGAACACCACUGACAUCUAGAGGAUCAAUCGGAGUAUAGCAGCCACUACAUGGGCGUUGCGCCAUAGCGUUUACUUAUUUUUUUUUUUUUUUUUUUACUGCCAGCUUUCUUUUUCUAAAGCUGUGUUUACCAACAUUUUUUUUUAGCCAUUGCACAUACUUUACAUUUGGAAAAAUCUCACAGCACACAACUUCAACAACAAAAUCACAAAUCGUGGAUACAUGUUAAUUCCCAUUUACUGUAAUGGAAAAGCAUAUUAUUGUAGUCACUGGCAUGAAUACAAAGUAAGCAGUAAAUAAUAUUUACUGCACUGAAAAUUUAAUGAAAUGUUAGGAAUUACUCUUCUAACAAGUGAGGUAAUUAUGGUGUGGCAUCAACUUUUGAUAAGCCGGCCCCGACCAACCACCAAACAAAUUUGAAUAAGAUUUUGCUCAAGGCCCCUAAAAGCAUGAGCAUCAGAUGCUUCUCUAGAACACCGUUGAACCUCUAAAAUUAUUAGUAUUAGUAUAUUAAUUGAUAAUCGUAUUAGGGCCACACUGUAGUGAAAAGAGAACUUAAUAGAAAACAUUUGGAACCUCACGUGAUGAAAGUUAGGGUUUCUGGAACAAGUUGGAAUAUUAAAAAUUCUCAAUUUGAUAGAAAAAAAAUUGCCAGUUAAACCCUUCUACAUAAUCUGACAAGAACAGUGACGAUUUUGUAAGAAUAAAAUGGGAAUAUGUAUUUUUCUUCUAAUUUAGGUCUCUAUUCUUGUAUAAUUAUAUCUUUGGCAUUAUUAAGAGUAAAGCAGGUUGUAAUUUGUUUUGCCAUUUUAGUUCUUCUAAUAUCAACACUUUAUUCUUAAAAAUAACUGACAUCUCAGCAAAUCACAACUUUUGAUAGAUUUUCAACAUUUCACUCAUCAUAUCAUGACUAUGCUUUGUAAAAUUAACUCUUUUGUUGUCAGAUGGAAUCUUCAAAACAAAAACUCUGAAGAGUUAUUCUUGGAAUAUGACCUCUUCAUUCCUAAAAAUGUAAGACUAUGUGGGAAAAAUAUCUUAAUUUUAUCAAAAUAGUGGUACUACUUCAUUCCCAUAAAAGUACCAUUUCUCCAUAUUUUAAAAAUUAAAUUUUACAUCAAACCUGUAAAUGUCAUUACAUUAUUAUUACUACAACUGUUUUCCCUGUCAAGGAAAUUAUUUUUUUUCCCCUCAUAAAAUGACAAUAUUAAUUCUUUUCUGCUAAAAUUGCCACACUGUCCUCUACCGCACUGCUCUGCCACUGCACCUCCUCACCACGCUCUCCCAUCAGAGAGUGGAUCUUUUUUUUUUUUUUUUGAGACUUGAGACAAGAACAGACAGUCCAUUCAUCCGUCAACACGACUGGAACGGAGCAUCCCAAAUUCCCUUUCCCUGGCCCCGCUGUUACCGUAGAAACCAGCAAGACGGUGGGGGGGGGGGGCCCAGAGGAUCCAUAAUCCGAACGGCUUUUGAAGUGCGUUUUUGUGUAUUGUCACACAGAUGCUCACCAAGGUCACAUGAACCCCCCCUUCAAUAGCCUAAAAGCCUUUUAAACGAUCACUGAACUAUACAGGAGCUUUUAUCACAACACUACCUAUUUACCCCCGUUUCUUGUGUGUGUUCCUAAGUGUGUGUAUGGUGGAAUUAGGUGUAUGUUAGACGAGCUGUGCGUGGCAGACGUCCAGAAAGCUUCGUGAUCCGGAUAAAGGUGACCGCAGAGAAUGCAGCCCCCCUCAUGUUCACUUGCCCCCCGCUGGGUAAGCCUAUUCGCUCAUCCGUAUUAUUAGGAACGAGGGGAUGAUGAUACCUUGGGAGAGAGAGUGAGGGAGUUCUUGACCACCGGUUGCGUGUGCGUGUGUGUCAACUAGUGAGUCCAAUCCAUGUAUUGAAAUGACUGAGGCAGCCAAAGACUGGACAAAAAAAAAAGAGGUGACCGUGCAGAACAACUGAAUAUUGUAACAGAAAAAAAUGUGACAGUUUUUCCCGAACAAUGGUGACGGAUGUCUGUUAAGUUUAAGUAAAUGAAUACAUAAAUUAAAACAAAAACAAGAAAAAGUAUGUGGAAUGGGGUUCUUUAUGGUAUGUUUGGGAGGGCCCGGGUUUAGCAUUUUUGCCCAGUGGUGAGCAAAACUUUCUUUUGAAAAAAUUUUUUUUGAUGGCCACUAUAGUGCAUGAAUUCUUCCCCAGAGAGGAAGAAGAGGGCUUCACCACUUAGUCUAUUUAAUAAUGAAAUAAAAAUAUUAUGACCAGUUUUUUGGGGGGAGGGGUCAUAAUGGGUAAAAAAAUAACAAACAAAAAAAAAAACAAGUACUGUAAAUUGAAAAGAACGUGUCAAUUUACUAAGUCUGGCAAUUUGUCUCGGGGGGAAUGGUGUAUACAGCAAGGCCUUAUGUGAUCUGUAUUAUAGUUAAUAAAUGAAAUCUUG